AAACAACACCAUGUGAAACUCUGUUCUUGCAUGUCCCACACGCUUGAAGUUGUAGACCACAGGUUCAUUGGUUACUUCAUUGAUCUAUUUAUACAUCCAGAAACAGAAUCGAUUCUUCACAUCACCAAGUAUCAAAACAAUCUAAGCAUUUAACUUGUUAAUCCUCAACCCAUCUUCAAUUGAGAUUUUCAAAUACUAUAAAUGGCUUUGGUGAGAGGUCUCUUAGGUGCAAAGAAGAUCCUUAGCCGCUCUGUAGCGGCUAAAACACCAAAAGGGUUUCUUGCUGUGUAUGUUGGCGAGGACCAGGUCCAGAAGAAGAGAUAUAUUGUUCCUGUCUCAUAUUUGAACCAGCCUUUGUUUCAAGCUCUACUCAGUAAGUCUGAAGAAGAGUUUGGGUUCAAUCAUCCGAUGGGGGGCUUAACCAUCCCUUGUCCUGAAGAUACUUUCAUAAAUGUGACUUCUGAGCUAAAGGGGAAGAUGUUCCAAAGGAGUAGAUAGAUCUAACGUUUUCUAGUCGUGAGUUAGAGAUAGAAUUAUUCAAUGUAAAUAGGUCAACCUUUUUCUUCCUCGUUCUUCCUGAGAAAAAGAGUUGUUCAAUAGGUUCAAAGCUUAAUGUAAAUGAAAUUUUUGCUGUUAAAUGUGUCUAUGCUAAUGAAGAAAACUUUCUAAAAAUAUAAAUUAAAUCUUAGAAACUUGGAUUGCUUGAGUGUGAAUGAUAUGAAGAGAUUGUUCUGUUUCAGGACAUACAGAUGAAUCAAUGAAAUGAGUUUAUACAUGUUGUCUACACUAACAGGUCUCCCAUGUUGCUCUUUUCAUCUAUUAUUCAAGAAAUGGAUGAUUGAAUGCGAAGGGAUCUUCACUGUUUAAGUUAGUUAGAAGUAACGAAAAUACAAGUGUCUAUCACCUUACCAUUUCAAGAGAACAAUAAAUAUUCCGAUCUUUGAGAUUUAAUAUAUUAAAUCAUUAUUCUCACAGUUACGUGAGCUGUAAGACUGAUAUAUACAGUAGUAAAACAUGUUUGAAGGACUGAUUAUUGAAAGUUGAGGAUCCACACAUUCCCUUGGAAAUGUAAACUGGAGCAUGAUUUUAACUUGGGUUAUCUUAAAGUUGUAAUGAUAUUUUUUUUCAAUGAUUGAUCAAAAAUGAAUUACUUUAACAUGAAUUAUGUAUGUUUAUAGCAUAAAAAUUUGUAUUCCACUUUCAAAUUUUAGAACUCUUUCGGGAAGAAAGAGAGGAAAAAAAACAAACUAUCCUCUAUUUACAAGGAACAAAGUAUAUCUCUAACUAGAAGAACAAUAUGUUUGAUCAUCAUCAUUGGAGCCUAGACGUUACGUUGAUGAAGAUAUCUUCAGGACAAGGGAUCGUUAAGCCGCCCAUUGGAUGAUCAAACCCAAACUCUUCUUCCGAUUUGCUCAGAAGAGCUUGAAAAGUAGGCUGGCUCAAGUAUGAGAUUGGCACCACAUAUCUCUUCUUCUGGCUCUCUCCUACGUACACCACAAGAAACCCCUUUGGUGCCGCUGAGGCCGCCCUUUUGCUUGUUGCGGCUCCAAGAAUCUUCUUGGCACCCAAUAGAUUUCUUACAAAAGCCAUUUCUAGUUUCUUUGUCUGAAGCUUCGAAGAUGUAUGAAAAGAUUCAAGUUAUUGGAUAUAUAUUGCUUGUUUGCUGGUUGAUGAUUUUGAAAGAAUGGGUAAUGUCAUGUGUAUAUAUAGAAAGAUCAAUGAAUUGAGUUCGGACCUCUCUCAAACUUGUGGUCUUGAACAAUGGGACAAACUAGAGCAGAGUUUCACAUGGUAUUGUCUGAACCAACUUGAAAAAGUUAUAGGUCAAUGCAAUUUGUGGUGAUAAGAUUAUUAAUUGAAUGUAGGACAAUAAACUAAAACAAACUCCAUAUGUAAUACACAAGGGCUUGUUUUCUCAAUGUUUGUUUAGAUAAGACAUUUGUUUUGUCAAUAAUAAAGACCAGCAAGUUUCUGUUCUUCAUGUUCUGUGGUGAUCAUAUUCUCACAUCUCUGUGAUCUAAAUAGAUUUAGUUAAUGAGAAUUUAAAGUGGGGACAUGAAGUUUCUCAACAGCAGAACAACAAGUCUCUGUCAAAGCUUAAGUUGUUCAUUAAUUAUAUCCACAGAUAUGUAUCACACAUGACAAGUUAUACGUACAAGAUUGAAUAACUCAUGUCUUCUCUUAUUUUAUUAUACAGACAUGAGAAAACAAAAGAGAUAAUGCUCGUUAGCUUUUGUUUCUUGUCUUCUAUCAUAUCUUAGAAAACAGAACCAUGUGAAUAGAGUAUGUCCCAUUCUUUCAAUGGUUCUAAGGUGGUUUUAAAGUCAUUUAUCAAUCUAUAUAUACAUCUUAAGGCAGAGAACCAACUCUUCAGUACAAACCUUGAAUCUGAGCAUCUAUCUGUUCCUCAGAAGCUUCAAAUUUUCAAGUUUCCAGACAGAAGAAAUGGCUUUUUUCAGAGGUCUCUUGAGUGCAAAGAGGUUUAUUGGUCUCUCUGUAGCUGCUACAAGCAAAAGGACAGUUUCAGCGCCAAAGGGGUUUCUUGCGGUGUACGUUGGAGAGAGCCAGAAGAAAAGAUUUAUAGUGCCAAUCUCAUACUUGAGCCAACCUUCUUUUCAAGCUCUUCUCAGUAAAUCUGAGGAAGAGUUUGGAUAUGACCAUCCAAUGGGUGGACUAACGAUUCCUUGUCCUGAAGAUACCUUCAUCAACGUGACUUCCCGGCUUCAAUGAUGAUGUUCCAGAAGAAGAAAACACUGACAUUAGUUAGAUAUAGAAUCAUUAAAUGUAUAUAUGUUAACCCUUUCCUCUUUCUUUGUCAAAGAGAGUUGUUCAAGAGGUUACAUAACUCAAAUGUUUAUGCCAUAUUUCUAUGUAAGGACAAUGGUUUCUAUUAUACAAAUUGCAACAAGUUUUUUGAGAAGAAAGUUCAUCAUUCUUGCA